AAAAGACACCAUGGAUUCUAAUUCACGUGCUAAAACACGUAGAAACUUUUUCUCUCUCAUUUUCUCGCUGACCCUUCUUCACUUACGGAGACUGGCAAUAUACGAGUACUGGCAGUAUAGUACUACUACAUAGCACUUGAAACACGUCCGCUCCGGUCGAGAUCCACGAAGAAAAGAAGAAAACAAGGAAACCCAGACAAGAAGAAAACGCAGGAAUCAAGAAAACGCAGAAAACAAGAAAACGCAGGAAACAAUAAAAACGCAGGAAACAAGAAAGUGCUGGUCCUUUACUUCUUUUGUUUGGGCCUGGGCGUAUUCGUGUUAAAUUACUUUCGGUCGAAGCUAUGCUCAUGUGUUCGUCCUAGGGAUUUUUUAAUGCCAACAAAUCACGAACGUUAAUCAAAGCUGUCGUGUUCAUUUUAGUAUUUUAUUCAAACUUAGUGGAAAGUGCGAACGAUUCACAGAAAAAUUUUUAAUUCGCUAUAAUGAAAGCAACUGAAGAAUAUCGUUCAGUUUUAAUACACGCUUUAAAAUAUUACAAGAAAAUAUCAAUAAAAUAUUGGGAAUUGUAACGAAAUUCGAACAAUCACAUAACCAAUUGUUUUAUGAUAUAUGACUUGUUAUUUAAUACACAAUAUAAUAUUAAUAUCAAUUAUAACGUUAGAUGUUCCCAUGUAACGCUCUUACAUAUUUAUAUUGUCCUGGUGUAUAUUUGUUGUUUAAUGAUGGAACCUUUUGAAUUUCCUAACUAAAUGGCGCUUUGAUCAUCGCAGAUGUUAACUUGAGGUCUUGUUUCUCCUUAAAUAGGGAAUAUAAUACAACCAAUCCCGAUCCAGUAAUUUGAGAAUUAAAUAUCUAGAUUAUGAUUUGUGUAAUUUUUGAACACAAUAAACAAGGAAAUGAUAAAUUAAGGUCACGGGAGAACUCUUUUCUUUUGAUAAAGACAAUAUUGGGUAUAGGUUAAAGUGAAUUACUUGGGUUCUGUUAAUACGAGUUUUUGUUCGUUUUAGAAACGUAAAAUAAAAAAUUGUAGCGCAUGUCACGAGGCGAUAUUGCAGUAUAAGAAUCAUGGCGCAGGCGAUGGUAGGCAUCGAAAACGGAUCUAGCCAUCACAUGGCAUUUUAUCAAAAAGAUAUUGAAGAAGAUCUAUUGUUCUUUACAAAUAUAGAUGAAGCUACAAAAAUAUGGUUAAAUACUUUGCAUGAUAUGUGGAAAUUAUGGAAAAAAUGUGAAGGAGUUACCAAAACAUUAUUUGAUUAUUUUGAUACUGCUCCAAAUCCUUAUCUAAGUACUUUGAGGAUCCUAGUAAAUACAAUAGAUUUUAAACAUGCAAAAAUAGGAUCAUCUCUUGCCUUUACAGUUAUAGAAGAAUUUUCAAAUUGGUUAGUACCUCGAAAGGAUAGCUAUAAAGAAUGUUUGGUUCCUGAUCUCAAAAUAGCAGCUUUUAAAUUGCUCAAUCGUCAAAAAAAUAUGCAACUAAUUAAAAUGGUCUCAGUUACAUAUGAUUUUAUUGAACAUAAAGAAUUGUUUUUGCAAAUGAUUCAGAACAUAAUCAAUGAAAAAAGGUAUAAAGAAGCAGCACAAUAUGCAACUAUGUUAAGAUUGCAAAUGUGUUAUACCGAUCCGGAAAUAUUAUUACUGCCUCUUAUCUUACAAAAUAAAUUAGCAGUCGUAGAAGAUUUUUUAUUUGAAUAUCCAAAUAUACAGAAAAUAUUGGUAACGUACUUGGAUAAUUUAGUGGCACUAGGAAAAAAUAUGGAUAAUAAAUUAGAACAAUAUAUCGAAACAAAUAAUAUACCAGAUGUAAAAAUUGGAACAAUACAAAUACGACCAAUGACAAAAUUAAUAGCGCGUUUUGCUAAGCUAUAUAAUCUUCCACCAGAAUUGUGUCCAAACUUAAAUCGAAGACGGAAUGAAGGUGCAUUACAAUUUCUUAUUCAUAAGCGAUAUGGUGACGGAAGUUUAAAUACUGAAAGUUGGAGAGAAAUGAUAAGGGAAGCUGUAGGACAUGACAUACAAUUACAGUUAGAAACUGUCAAAUCAUUAUCUAUGGUAGGUGAGACAAAAGAAGGCUUAUAUUGGGCUAAAACAUUUAAUAUUCCUAAAGAACAAUGGCCAUGGGCAAUCUCUUUUCAAGCAGAACAGUAUUCUGAUGAAAUAAAUGUGGGCGCUUCUACUAGCAAAGAGGAAAAUUGGAAUCACGAAGAUAGUUCAAUAUGUUAUCAUACUUUAAAAUUACCUAGAGAUACCAUUAAGCUUAUAGAUAGUCCAAGAUUGUUUGAAGAAUUUCUUGAUAAUGGUUUAAGAGGAAUUCAAAUUGUUGGUAUUGAUUCUGAGUGGAAACCAACUUUUGGUACUAAAAAGACCCAAUUGGCUCUAAUACAAAUAGCAACAGAGACAAAUGUGUAUAUACUAGAUGUUAUUACUAUAGGAAAUCAGCAUGAACAUCUUUGGUCAGAAUUCAACUUACUAUUAUUCGAAAAUAAACAUAUCUUAAAACUUGGUUUUGGAAUAGCCAACGACAUAUUGAUGAUACGCGAUUAUAUACCAGCUAUUUCAAAUAUUAAAGUUAAUGGACAGGGUUGUAUAGACGUAUUAUUUUUAUGGAGGAAGCUAGUAGAAGGAUACAAUUUUCAAUUUCCUUAUAAAGGUGAUCAAAAUUUUACAAGUGAAAGUUUGAGCAAGUUGGUUGAAUUAUGCCUUGGAUCAAGAUUAAAUAAAUCAGAUCAGUUUUCCAAUUGGGAACAACGACCACUAAGGGAAAGUCAAAUAAUAUAUGCUGCAUUGGAUGCUUAUUGUCUUUUGGAGAUAUAUACAACUUUAGCUCAAGAAUGUGAACAUACAGAUAUACCAUUUCAAGAUAUUUGUGCAGAGAUACAACACAUUCCACAUAGACAUUUCAAAAAAACUCCAAAAAAAUAUCUAGAUAGAUCAAAUGCAAAAAUGCAAUCAACAUUAUCUAGCGAGAAAAAUAAUUUCCAAAAUGGUAAUAAUUCAAAACAAUUUAAGAAAGUUCUACAAACAUAUCACAAUUCUUCAAACCGUAAAAAUUUCACUAAGCAAGAAAAUAAACAAAAGCAAUAUCAAUUAUAUCCACAAAAUCCUUCUGGCCCUAUACCAGCGCACAGUUGGCGUGCUGUAUGUGAUUCAAUGUUGGGAGGUUUAGCAAGCAAAUUACGUAUGUGUGGAUGUGAUUGCUUAUAUGUAUUAUUUGAUAAAGGAGGAGAACAAUCUGCUAAAUUAGCAGUACAUGAAAAUAGAAUUCUACUUACACAAAGAUUUACACAGUAUCUGCCAUUAGAAAAUUGUUAUAAAGUUAUUUCAAGUACACCUAAUGAACAAUUGCGUGAAGUUUUAAGUCAUUUUUCUGUGAUUGUUACACAAAAGGAUAUAUUAAGUCGAUGUCAAUUUUGCAAUUUUGAUGAAUUUGUUGAAGUUCCAAAAGCUUUAAUGGAUGAACUUGUUAGAAGUUUUAUAAAUAUAACAAAGCAUGAAUUUCACAAUAAUGAACUUGAUCAGCCUUUGUCUGCUGCAAGUCAAUACCCUGAAGAUCUUGAAGAGGUCAAUAAAAUUUAUUUUAAGGAUCAUUUUACUAAACAAAACCAAAACCGUACAUGGCAUCUUAGUACAGGUACUUUAGAUGUUAAAACGUGUACAACUAAAUAUCAUAUGCGAGUACAAAUUGAUAAAGUUCCAUUGAACAUAUUGAGAAAAAUAUUGUUAUUUUACGUCUGUGAACACUGUGGAAAUAUAUAUUGGGAUGGAAUACAUUUGGAGCAAAUUCUUAACGGCGCUAUUCAAGACUUGAUUAUUAAGGAAUAAAUAGCAUAUAUGUUUAAAUGUGAUAGACUCUCGAAGAAUGCUUGAGGACUAAUAUGAAGCACAAAUCAAAAUUGUCCUUAUCGGUUAACAACUUCGAGCCAACGAUAAGUAAUUGUUCCUAGUAUUUACAGCGCCGAUUGUAUAGACGCUUAACUGUCACUGGUACCCUGAUUCAAGUAUAUUGUUUAUAUGUGAAAAAAAAAAGAGAACAAUACUGUCACAUAGAAAUAUACCGUUACCGUUCUUCCUCGCGUUUAUAAAUCGUUUUAAUAUGAAUGAAUGUUUUACUUCCAUUUUUUUUUUAUUAUGUAUAAUUGCACCUUUGUCUUUAAAGACCCCAGUUUUAUCAUUACUGAUUAAUCAGUUACUGCAAUAGUGUAAGAAUUGAAAAUAUGAAGUGUUGAAUAGAUUAUAAUAAUAUAACUCAUAUGCAAAUAUAUGUUGUACUUCUGUGUUAUUGAAGAAUUUGUAAUAUAUUUGAAGGAUAUUAUUUGAAAAAUUCUAAUGACUACUGUUUAAUAGUAAUCGUUAUUUAUUCUAUUAUUCUCCACAAUUUACAUGUUAUAAAUUGGUGCAAUAAGUAUCUUUACAAUAGGUCAUACUGGGGUCUUGAAUACGACAUAGGAUAAAGAAAUGCUUUAUUAAGAGAAAUAUUGUAGUUACAUAUAUAAUGUAAUUGCUCAUAAACACUUUUUUUAAUCUUAUGUAAUAAAAUAACUAAAUAGGGCAUAUAAGAAAUUCUAUAUGCGCAUUCUUGUGUCUUUGUAUGUUAAACAAUACUUUCUUCUAAUUUGUUAUUAGAUAAUGUAAAUUUAUUGAAGUACAAGGUAAUGUGAUUUUGAUUUAUAACACAAAAUAUAUUUUAGUUACUGAAAUAAUAUAUAGUGUAUUGUACAUGUAUUGUACAAAUUCAACGUGUAUUUAUAUUUUUCAUCGAUUAAAAAAAAAUUAAAGUGCGAUAAAAAAUUUGGAAUGUACUUUAUAUUGUUCAUAGAGUUAUUGUACC